AUGUCACCCCCACAGGAGCUUGUCCCGCAAACAGAAUCUAUCGCGGAGGUUUAUGCCACCGACGAUGCCUCUGCGAAUUCGGUUGCUCCCGAACAUCAGAAGCGCUUCUCUGGACUGGUGUCUCAGUUCAACAAACAAUUCAACCACCGACCUGAUUUUGUGGCUCGUAGUCCCGGCCGUGUAAACAUUAUCGGCGAGCACAUCGACUACUCCCUUUACGAUGUCCUACCCACCGCCGUUAGCGUCGAUGUGAUUAUGGCCGUCAAGGUUUUGCCUGGCACCUCCGGUACUACUAUUAAAAUUGCCAACGUGGCCCCGGAGAAGUUCCCCACGCGCGAGUUUAGCGUGCCGCACGAUGCCGAUAUUGAGAUUGACCCCAAGAAGCACGAGUGGAUUAAUUACUUCAAGGCUGGUCUGUCAGGUGCUCUGAAGUUCUUGCGCAAGGAGAGACCAGAUGAUGCCAUUCCCGUCAGCAUGGAGAUUUUGGUCGACGGCAAUGUGCCCCCCGGUGGUGGUAUUUCCAGCAGUGCUGCUUUUGUUUGCGCCAGUGCUCUGGCUGUCAUGAAGGCCAACAACCACAACGUGUCGAAGCAAGAUCUCUUGGAUUUGGCUGUCGUCUCUGAGCGUGCAGUCGGUGUAUACUCUGGCGGCAUGGACCAGGCCGCUUCUAUCUUCUCGAAGCGCGGUUUCCUCCUCUACACCCAGUUCUACCCCGCCUUCCAGGUCGAGCACGUCCCCAUCCCCACCGCAGAAGACGAAAUCACCUUCCUCAUGGCCCAGAGCUUCGUCACCUCGAACAAGGCCGACACCGCACCCCGCCACUACAACCUGCGCGUGGCAGAAUGCACCCUCUCCGCCGUCAUUCUGGCCAAGAACUACGGCCUCACCCUGCCCAAGGACAACAGCUCCCUGGGCUACAGCCUGCGCAACUUCCAGAACCAGCUGAUGACCAAGGAAGGCCGCCUGGGCGACCCGCUCGAGUACCAGAUCGACUCCGUCAUCCAGGCGGUACAGGAUCUCUUCACCAAGGAGGAGGGAUACACACGCGAGGAGAUGGCUCAGCUUCUGGAUAUCAGUGUCCCCGAGCUGGAGUCCCAGUUCUUGUCUGCCUUCCCCGUCCAGGCGGAGCGGUUCCGUCUCCGCCAGCGCGCACUGCACUGCUUCAAGGAGGCGCGACGUGUCUUGGAUUUCAAGGCUUGUUUGGCCAAUGCCUCGAAGCUGGAUGAGAAGCGCAUUCACUACUUGGGCCAGUUGCUGAACGAGUCUCAGGAUUCGUGCCGUGAUUCUUAUGAGUGCAGUGCUCCCGAAGUGGAUGAGAUUUGUGCUAUUGCGCGGAAAGCGGGUACCUGGGGUAGCCGUUUGACUGGUGCUGGAUGGGGUGGUUGUACCGUUCACAUCUUGCCUCAGGGCAAGGUUGAGGCCGUGACAACGGCUUUGCGGAACGAGUACUACCUGAAGCACUUCCCUGAUAUCAGUGCCGAGAAGCUGGAACAAGCUAUGGUCAUUAGCAAGCCGUCCAACGGCUCGUUUGUGGUUACCGGUGCUGCUAUUGAUGAGGUUGUUCUUUAA